AUGUCCAAGGCGUACAUCGUGACCGGCGCGAGCCGAGGUCUAGGUCUGGCGGUAGCACAAUUGCUACUCCGCGCCUCGCACAAGGUUUUUGUGGUCGCCAGAUCAGAAGCUGGCCUGCAGAAGCUGAAGAGCGAGCACCCGUCGUCAGUGGAGUAUGCGUCUGCCGACUUGGGCGACCUGAAGACAGCGCCUUCAAUCAUUCAAGCAGCAACCAAGGCUUUCGGCAAGAUCGACGGCAUUGUCAUAAACCAUGGUGUUCUGACACCUCUCACUAAGAUUGCAGAUGCUGAUGUCGAAGACUGGAGACGCGCGUACGACAUCAAUGUCCUCUCCGCCGUUGCACUUGUCAAAGAGGCUAUUCCCGAACUCCGCAAGACUAAGGGCCGCAUAGUAUUCGUUUCCUCGGGGGCAGCAACAGGUGCUUACACCGCUUGGAGCGCUUACGGAACAGCCAAGGCUGCCGUGAACCAUUUGUGCGCGCAUGUUGGAGUAGAGGAGCCGGAUAUCACCAGCGUCGCUAUUUCACCAGGCAAGGUUGACACGGAGAUGCAACAGGUCAUCCGGGAACAAGGAGGCGCUGCUAUGAGAGCCGAAGACCAUGCCAGCUUCGUGGACGAGCACUCAGCAGGGCAACUACUCAAGCCAGAACAGCCCGGUGCCGUCAUUGCAGGGCUCGUGGAGGGCGCAUCCAAGGACAUGAGUGGAAAGCAUUUCCGAUGGAAUGACGAUGUGCUCAAGAAGUUCCGGGGAACAUCUUAA